AGAAAUCCUUUCUUUAGCAAGUCCAAGUCAGUUAGCAUAGCUAAAAGCUUUGUAGUUUCUGAUCGAUCUUCUGAACAUUAAAGGUUCUUAAAAAUGUUGGGUUCCAGUUCCCAGCGCUGGUGUUGGGUUCCUUUGAACCCAGUAGGUGAUGGGAAUCAAGAUGACAGCAUAUCUAUUACGUCAUGUGAUCCAUUACACACCCAAGGAGGUCCAGUCACGCGAGUUAGAGCUAAGAAGAUGCGUGAAGCUUUAAAUGGCCUUAUUGAGCAGAUCUGGGUUGAAAACAACAUACAACAAGCAAAUCGAAACUUGGAUGAUUAUCAAGGCAUGAUAAACAUCAUUCAGGUUCAAGAGAAGCUUAGUUGAGGUUUUGAUCGUUCUAUCACCGUAGCACUUGGGUUAGCCUUCUGUUUUGUGCGAGUGAGGUAAGUAAAUUAUGGUAAAGCCCUCUGAUUUUAAAGCAUGUUUUAAAUUGUUUUUGAGAUGGUGGCAAGCUUUAAAUUGAUUUUAUCCGCAUCUGAGUGUGAUUUAAAUCGAAAUGGAAAUUGUGAUGGUCUUUAUGAGAAUUUCAUUGUUUUCCGGAAUUGAGCAUGAUUGGAAUGAAAAUGAGGAUUUUAUUGAUUUUCUGGAAAUGAGCAUGAUUGAGAAAUGAAAAUGAGAAUUUCAUUGUUUUUUUGGAAUAGAGCAUGCCUAUUUGGGAAUUGACGGAACUGUUUUGAUGAACUGAGAGUUUGCAAAUUCUGA